AUGGUUGAAUAUAAACCUAAUCAAACAGUAUAUGCCUAUCACGGUCCACUCAUUUAUGAAGCCAAAAUAUUAAAAUUGAAAAAUGGUAAAGAUUCAUUUAUAAUCAAUCAAGAUUUCCAACAUGAACCACUAGAAGAGAAACCUAAUAGUAGUGGUAACCAUCAUCAUCACCAUCAUAGUCAACAUAUUGCCAAAUUUGAUCCGAAAAAAUGGCAAGAUCAAACUUGUUAUUAUUUACAUUAUCAAGGAUGGAAUUCCAAAUGGGAUGAAUGGGUAGGCAUUGAUAGAAUAAUGGAAUAUAAUGAAGAAAAUAAAUUCAAAAAAUUAGAAUUAGAUCAAUUAACGAAAAAGAAGAAAGCUAUUAAUAAUAAUGAAAUAAUAGUUAAUGCCACAACUAAGAAUCAUACUAAUAAUAAGAAUAAAAAAGAAUCAAAUAAACGUAAAUCCUCAUCAGCAACAACAACAAGUGGAGUUACAGCCGGUACCAACAAUAACAAGAAGCAGAAAUCAGCCUCUACGUCAACUACAAAUAACACAAGUGGUAAUAGUGGCACCACUUCUAAUAAAUCCAAACAAAUAUUAUCCAGACUUAAUUUAAAUUUCCCACCAGAAUUAAAACAUAUAUUAGUCAAUGAUUGGGAAUAUAUAACUAAAGAUCGCAAAUUAGUAUCAUUACCAAGUCAAUAUCCUAUAAAUCAAAUAUUACAAGAUUAUAAAACAUAUCGAACGAAACAAUUAACUAGUAAUUCUGAUCAAUUAUCAAUAUUAAUUGAAAUAUUAACUGGAUUAGAAAUUUAUUUUAAUAAAUCAUUAAGUUUAAUUUUAUUAUAUAAAUAUGAACAUUUACAAUAUUUGAAUUUUUUAAAACAAAAUAUCAUUAAUCCACAACAAGAUAUUUUACAAAGUAAUAUUUAUGGAGUAGAGCAUUUAUUAAGAUUAAUUAUUUCAUUUCCAGGAUUAUUAUCAACAACAACAAUGGAUGGUAUUAGUUUAAGUGUAUUAAUACUGGAAUUGGAAUCAUUAUGUCGAUUUAUUGGUGAUAGAUUACAAUUGUAUCAAAAUAAUUAUGAAUUUACAUCACCUCAAUAUGAUAGUUUAGCUAGGUCGUAA